AUGCCCAUUAUCCAAUGGAAGCAAGCAUUCGAGAAUUUGGCGAAACAAAAUAAGAAUUGUAAUCGAUCAGUCACUGUUUUCAUUAACAAUAAUGAAUUUACUUCAACAAUUUUCUUUCUUUCCGCAAUUAGCAAUAAAGUUGAAAAUAGUUUAUACCUUGAUGAUAACCCCGAUAAUUUUAGCUUCAAUUGUUGCAUCAAAGAUCAGAAAACAUAUGAAAUUCUUGGCGAAUUAUUUAAUGGGAAAUUGAUGAACAAGGAUUUGUCAGAUAGCAUUAUUAUAGACUUGUUUGAAUUUGCCAUUGCUAUCGAAUGCCCAGACUUAAUUGAAUUUUACCAUGAAAGUUUCGAACUUUCUAAAUAUUCAUUGGAUAACUUCACUAAGAACGUUAUUUAUUUCAAAUACUAUGAUGUAAAAGAUGAAUUUAUUACAUUCGUUUCACAAAAUAUCAAUAAUAUCGGAAUAACAAAUUUAGUAACUAUUUAG